UCCCCUCCUCUGAUAAAACCAUGAACUCUAAUUGGUUGGUUCGACUUCAUGGGUUAAUAAUAACAGAGAAGUUUAACUAUAAAUGUUUGCGCAGCAACAGCAGGACAUCACAUCCACUUCAAUAUUCCAAUCCUGAGAACAGCUGCAGACUGAGCAGAAAGUCAUCACUGCCAUUGAAGAGAUGAAAAGGAGCGAGGAAACAAGUAUACCUGUAAAGGCAUCCAUUGAGACGAUGUAUGACCACGAGGUAGACAGGGAAGGAGAGUGGCACGGGGAGGCAGGAGUGUAUAAGGGUGAAUUAGACAUCGGUGGCGUGAGGUCGGUGACCAAGUUGGCCAACAUGGGUGUUGGUGGUAUGGCAUCGAAGAAAAAAGGAGUUAGUGGGCACCUUGACUACGAAUUGGGAAAGACUCAAUUAGACCUCGGUGGCGAGUUGAAGGUGGAGGGCAGGUUGCCCAGCGCCGGUGUUGCUGCUGGGAUAACUAAUGAAGGAGUUAAAGCCAUGGCCACAGCUGAGCUCGUAGGUGCCUCUGUGUCCCACGGGAAGGCGACAGCCACAGUGCGUCUGGCAGCUGAUACAGGCUUUGGAGUAGGCAAGGAUGGGAUCGAGGCACAAUUUCUGGGUACAGGAUUCUCUAUUGGGAAGAAAACAUCCAUUUCUCUGUUUGGUUCCAAGUUUGAGUGGGACUUCAGCAAGUGACACACCUCCACUCAGAGCCCAGAGGUCCACUUCUGUGGAGAUGUAUUAAUUCCCCCUGUUUAGUUCUCUUAUAGCCUACAGAUAAGGCUUCAGGGCCACAGAUGUGCUUGGCUUCUUUUAAACUUAAUGAAAACAUCUUGAUGUAUUGUUCUUAAUCAAUGGACUGUAUUUACAAUAUAUUCUUAUCAACUGUA